GUGGGAGCCAGGUAAACGUUAUUUACAGAGUGGCAUUGAUUUAUGCGCUGACAGUCGUCCUGUUUAAUUUACCGAGCGACGAAAAACCCACAAGCUGGAGAAUAUCCUAGAAACUCGGCGCCUUGCUCUGCCGUCCUGAGCAAAUAAUGAAACCAAUGACCUGGGCGCCGCAGAGUCACAUGGUGACAGAGCGACACACCUGCGUGGAGCAGUCGGGGCCUCGCAGUUGCGCCACAAGCAGGUAAGGUCCACACAGGACGCGCAGGUGCGCUGACUGCCCCGCAGCUUCGGGUGUCCUCCAGCCAUGAAUCGGGAAGAUCAGUACUACCCCUCUCAGGUGUUCAAAGACCCCUGCGCUUACCAGAGGCCGCAGUGCGAUGAGUACAGCCCACCACCGUGCCUCUACAUGAGCCGCCAGGCCCACUCCGUCUACACUCCGCCGACUCUGGGAGCCUUGGAGCAGGCCAGCUUACCGGACGCGGCCCCGGUUUAUGGUCUACCCAGCAUGCGGGAGGAUCCAGGUGUGCCUCAGCUCCACCACCAGCAGGAACUGCAGCAGCCGCCGCUCCAAGCUCUGGGAUAUGGAGACACGGUGGAGCAGAGCGCGUAUCAGCUGCCUUUCCCCUGGAUGAAAACCACCAAAUCUCACUCACACACCUGGAAGGGACAGUGGGCAGGGCCAUACGUGAUGGCGGAAACAGAAGAAAACAAGCGCACCAGGACUGCGUACACGCGCGCACAGCUCCUGGAGCUGGAGAAGGAGUUUCUGUUCAACCGCUACAUCUCCAGGCCGCGGCGCGUCGAGCUGGCGCUGACCCUGAGCCUCACCGAGCGCCACAUCAAGAUCUGGUUUCAGAACCGGCGCAUGAAGUGGAAGAAGGAGGAGGACCGGAGGAGGGCGAGGGGAGGUGAUCCGGAUCAAGACUCGUCCAUCACCUCUGGAGAUCAGGGAGAGACUGCAGGUGGAGUCUCCUCCACGAACGGAUCUCACAACACGUCCACACCCCCGGUUUCCCCGCUUCACGGUUGCACUCUCUCUGUUCCUGGAACAAGGGAACCAGCAUAGACCACUUAUUCUGAAGACUGGGACCUUCAGAGAACCUCAAACAUCUCGAGUUACAUUUUUUUUCUGGACCAAAGUUUCUGUUGGAGCUUGUCAUUUCUGGACUACUUCCACCUCUCCAUCAUGUUCACAUGUUUUAAGUUACUUGCGACACCAGGGGGCAUCUGGAGACCACAAGCCGCUCUUUACGCGCAGCAGGGUUUCACCUGCAAACAAAGCGUGUGCAUUUUCCAGUCAAAUCUGAAUCUUUAUAUUUUGUUAAAAUA